UUGAAUGGUUUCUUCAGUGUAGUGAGAGAAGAAGAAAAUGAAAAACCUUAGCAUUCUUUUUGGAUUCAGUCGUUCAAUUCAGAGAAAUAUGGUUUGCUCAGUUACUCGUCAUUCCUUCUCCACUUUGAGAGAGGACCCACAAUUACACGAAAUGAUUGAAUUUUUGGACAACCUUAAAAACUUCGAGAAGUCAGGUGUUCCCAAGGAUGCAGGAACUGAUUCCAAACAUGGUUUCGAUCUUGGAAGAAUGAAACGUUUGAUGGGACUCAUGGGUAAUCCCCAAUCUACCUUCAAGACUGUUCAUAUCGCUGGAACAAAAGGAAAAGGGUCAACAGCUGCAUUUCUCUCCAGUAUACUGCGGGCAGAAGGCUAUUCUGUUGGUUGCUAUACUAGUCCACAUAUACAGACUAUCAGAGAACGGAUAACCUUGGGAAGAUGGGGUGAGCCAGUAUCAGCCAAGGCAUUGAAUCAUCAUUUCAAGAGAAGGAGGGAGGUUAUUGAGAGGGCAGUAAAACUUGAGAAUGGAUGUCUCAGUCAUUUUGAGGUUUUUACUGCUAUUGCAUUCAGCCUAUUUGCUGAAGAAAAUACUGAAAUUGCAGUUGUGGAGGCUGGAUUGGGUGGAGCACGAGAUGCCACUAAUGUUAUUUCGGGUUCUGAUCUUGCUAUAUCAAUUAUAACCACUGUUGGCGAGGAACAUCUGGAUGCACUUGGGGGCUCUUUGGAAAGUAUAGCGGUGGCAAAAUCAGGAAUAGUUAAAAAUGGGCGCCCAUUGGUUAUAGGAGGUCCAUUCAUUCCAUCUAUUGAGUGCAUUCUUCGUAGGAAAGCAUCUUCUAUGUCUUCACCAGUGGUAUCAGCAUCUGAUCCUGGAAAUAGAAGCGCUUUAAGAGGCUUCUGUGAAGUGAGUGGCAUACCACGCCAAUUGUGUGAUAUAGUGCUCCAGAUUGAGAAGGACUUUGAUCUGGCUAUUGAACUUCUAGGUGUGAAAUUACGCAUGCUUGGAGCUCACCAACUUCAAAACGCUGUAACUGCUACAUGUGCAGCAUUAUGCCUUAAUAAACAAGGAUGGAGUUUGUCCAGUGGAUCUAUUCGUUCUGGUCUGGAGAGUGCAUUUUUGCAAGGCAGAAGCCAAAUUUUGUCUUCAGAAGAAGCUAAUUUACUUGGAGUACCUGGGGCCACUGUACUGCUUGAUGGAGCACAUACGAAGGAAUCUGCCAGGGCUUUGGCAAACACAUUGCAGAUGACAUUUCCAAAGGCAAAGAUGGUUCUUGUGGUUGCUAUGGCAAAUGACAAGGAUCAUCUAGGUUUUGCAAGAGAGCUACUCUCAGUUGGGGAUUUGGAUGCUGUAUUUUUUACAGAAGUUGACAUUGCUGGUGCUAAAUCAAGAAUGACUUCAGCAUCUUUAUUGAAAUGUGCUUGGGUCAAUGCUUCGAGAGAGAUGGAUAUGAAGGUUCUUGACCUCAAAGUUGCAGAUAGUGAGGAUCAAUCACUUCAAGCUGCAGGGAUAGUGGAAUCUCGAAGCAUUUUACUUGCGGCGGGAUCACUAUUGGCUUGUAUGGGAGCUGGUUUUAAGAUCCUUAGUGAAAGAACUGGAGAACAACCUGGAAUCAUAGUAGUCACUGGUUCUUUGCAUAUUGUUUCCACUGUUUUAGGCUACUUGCACAGCUGACACAUACUUGGCUUUGCCAGAGCCCUUUGAUGAGUUGAGUUCAAAAAUGAGCUUGAAGGUUCAGAGCCCUGAAAUUGCAGUGCAAAAGUUGGAUAGCUGAGUUGUGGAAGACUGGACGAUUCCUGAGUUCUCACUUGGGUCCUAUGAAUGUACAAUUGUUUACGAUAAUGACAUGUGGUUCUUGAAUAUGUAUUUCCUUGCUGCCCAGUUGUUGAAGCCAAUUUAACUUAUUUACAUGGAUCUGUGUGGUUUCUGCAGCAGGAAUAAAAGCAUACUUCUCUUCUCACACU